UUGAGGGAGAUCUAGCAGAGGAGGAGAAUGGGAGCUGAGCAGUCCCUGGAAGAUGGACAGGCUCCCUGUCUAACCAAGGAGCACACAGAGACCAUGAGCUCAGACUCUGACGGAGCGUUCGAGACGCCAGAGUCGACCACCCCUGUCAAGUCCCCCACGGAGACAGACCCUCAUACCCAGCUGCUGACCUUGGAAGACACCGGUCUUGGCUGUGACUCUGAGGCAGACGGUGAACCCGGGUCAGAGGCUAAAGGUCACCAUGGUAGCUCCCUGUCCAUAGUCUUUGACGAGGACAAGCCCAUAGCUGCUAGCGGAGCGUAUAACCUAGACCAGCUCAUAGCUGCUGCUGCUGCUGCUGCUGAGGCCCAGAGCCGAUCAACUCUAACCCGCUCUCUGAGCCUCCAGGCUGGGGAGCUAGACGGCGGAGGAUCCUCCAUCUCAAUCGGAGACUCCCGUCCCUUAGCUGAGGCCUUUAGUGUUGACUGUGGUACUGAGAGUGCUCCAGGGACUCUCCGCAGACCCUCCAAGAAGGGGCCUCUCCGCCCAGGCGGCUCCCUGAAAAAGAAGCCUCUCCCCAGGCAGAGCUCUAACCUAGAGAGCCCCCAACUGCCGUCCUCUGGAACCACACCGGAGCUGGAGAAGAGUGCCGAGCCCACCAGAGCAGCCAGACCCCUAUUGGACUCUGAGGAUCUGGAAGUAGGAGGAGUCACAGUAGACUCCGCCUCUCUCACUGAAGAGACCAAUCACACUAGCCCAGAGACAAAUAAUCAACUAAUCCUGGCCCCUACUUCUACUCUGACCCCGACCCCAGCUAUCUCUAUACCCAACCGACAGGAGGACACCCCCAUCUCCGUGCCGGAGGCUCCCCCAGGCAGCGAAGGCUCUCCCCUCAGUGGGACCUACAAAUGGGACCCAGACAACUUUGAAGACAUCGACCCGUUCAACAACUCCCCGCCGUUGGGUAGUAAGGGAGGCGUGCUGUCCGUUGUCUCUAACCCCCCAGAGCACCCUAACGCCGAGCCAACUCUUCCCUCAACCAGCCCCCCUAUUCGAACCUCAGGGGCGGUCAGACUGGAGUUUGACUAUUCUGAGGAGACCCUCGAGGAGCCUCCCAAGGCCUCUCCACCACCCAAGAAGCUGGGCAAAAAAGCAGGCUCCAAGAUGCCUCUAAGGAAGCCCAGGAUGGGUCUGAAGAAGGCCGUCCAGCCCCCAUCUGAACCCCUAGACAACAGCCUAAUCCCCGAUGACAUCCCCGUCUCUAAGCCCUCCUAUAACUCUGACCCGGCUCAGUGGGACGACCCGUUCGGCUCUAACAGCGGGAUCCUUAUCUCUCCCGAGCUGAACAAACCCUCCUAUAGUUCUGACACCUUCAAUGAGUCAGCUGUCAACUCCUUCAAGGGUUCGUCCAAUAGGACGGCUGCGUUUCCACCCAAGGCUGCCUCUGGCUCCGCCUCUUUCGAGGUGUCGGCCAAUGACGACGAGGUUGAUAACGAUAACGAUGAAGUUAGGGAGCUGGAGGACCACAACCAGAACAAACCGGCCAAGACCAAGAUGAAACCAAUCAAAUCGUAA